CCGAGGGAGAUCACCCGUGGUCACAUGGACAGUAAGAGUCUGAGCAGUCACAGCCUUGGAACCAGCCUCCACAGCAUCAACUUAUCUGCCAUGUCUGACUCCUCUUUGAUAUACUGCAGCUGCUGGGACCCUCGGAACUUGGGACCGAAGAAGCUUGUUAAGACUAACCUAUUCUCACUCUCCGGGAGGAAACCCACAUUAAGCCCUAUAUCAGCUGCCUUGAAGGAGCGAAAUUACUUCUUACCACCACAAAUUAAACCCCUCGGUGGCCCAAGAGGACCAGUAUUCUCCAAAAAGACUACGCCAAAAGAAAAGAAAGCCCCUAAAGAAACAAUAAAGAUCUCUCCUGGAUUUACCUACUCUCGAAGUGAUGAAGAAAUUUCAGUUCUCCUGGGAGAUGAGAUGUUCGAAAGGCCAAAAAAGUCUAACGAAGAACAUAUGGUCAAACUCAUACUGCCCAGGACCUGGAUACAGAUUGAAAUGACAGAUGUCAUUGCUGACUUAGAAAAUCAGAUCACAGAGCUGACCACGGUCAUAGAGCAAAUGAGCAGAGAUCAUCAAAAUACACAGAAACUGCUUACAGAUGAAAUGGAACACCGGUACAAUGAUCUUCAGAAAGAAUAUGAAAACAGCAAGAGAGAACUCAAGUUGGCUCAUGAUGGGGAAAUAGCUGCCUUGGAGGAAAAAUAUAAAUCAUCCCUGAAGUCGGAGAAGAACAUUGCACAAGGAAAGCUAGAGAGUAUGGUGAAGGAGUAUAAGUAUUUGAAGAAUAUGUUCCGAAUGUACCAGGACAGUAUCUCAGAUGAAAUGGAGGAGAAGUGGUCAAGGCGGAAGAUCGAAUGGGAGAAGAGUGAGAAAAUGGAACGAGAAAAAAUCCUGUUGCAGCAAAAAUACAGAUUAACAAAGAAGUUUGAGGUGGAUGUAGAGGAAGAAAAGAGAAAAAUAGAGGAACUCCAUAUUCAAGCCUGUGAAAAGUUCAGUAAGGAGAGAGAGGCAUUCCUAAAACAACAUGAAAUGGAUAUGUUGCAUUUAGAAGAGCUACAGAAGGCCAAGGAGGCUGUGGAGGAAGAAUUGCAGGCACAAUCGCUUAUUUUAGAAUCACUGAAUACAUCAUUAUACCAAAGCCAAGUGGACCUUCAGAAAGAGAAAAACCAUGCGAUUAACCUGGAGCGCAUCCUCCAGCAGAAGCUUAUUGACGUUGAGGAAAAAUACAAAUUUAUGGUACAGAACCUGACGGAUGAAAAUCUAGACCUGAGGCAUUUGUUAAUCUUAAAGAAUGAAGAGCUUUUCCAAGAAAGAAGCAAGAGAAGCGCCAGGGAAGACUCUUUUGUCUAUCAUGAUGACUUACUUACUGAGAAUGAAAAUUUGGACACAGAACAAAAAAGUUGACUGUCUCCCAGGGCCUAGAGAAUUCAUGUGAAAAACUUCCCUUCAGGCUUGCCUGAGAUUUGUUCAGUUCUUGGGGUUCCAUAUUUUUGUUUUUGUUUUCACAACUUAACUUUAUUCAGAGUUGUUGGAAACAUAAAUGUCAUUGAGCCAAGAUUUUCUUUCCCUCUCUACCCCGACUUUGAGGUAAUCCAUGAACCUUCCUGUCUGUUUGAUUCUCUGCCUGGGUAUGGCUGAACAUUCUGAUGAUGAUAACACAAGGAAUGUUUUCCCUUACCCAACAUUUA